UGUCACAUUAAUAACAAACGUGACAAACCAAGAGGAAUAAAAGUGGCCGUUUUCUUGAACCUCGUUUUAAGUGAUUAGUUGAAUAAUUUCUACAAUGAAUGAUGUCGGAGAGGGUGUUUUAACACACACAGUUCAAGCACGAUUUGUGUCCGACACCGGUGAAACAGCAGGACCGCCUUUAGAUCUACCAAUCAAUGUUACCAAGCAACAACUGAAACUCAUACUAAAUUCUCUUCUCAAAAAUGAAGAACAAACACCGUUUCUAUUCUUCAUCAAUGACGACGAGAUUCGUGAUACAAUACAGCAAACACUUAUUACAAAACAGUUGGAUACGGAAGAUGUGCUGGAGAUCAUUUAUCAACCACAAGCAGUUUUCCACGUGCGACCUGUUACACGGUGUACUAGUUCUUUGCCAGGUCAUGCUGAAGCAAUCAUUUCAUUGUCAUUCAGUCCCAACAGUUUGCAUUUAGCCAGCGGAUCAGGUGAUACUACAGUUCGGCUUUGGGAUCUAACGACAGAAACACCUCGCUUCACAUGUACGGGACACAAACAUUGGGUUCUUUGCGUAGCCUGGUCACCAGACUCUCUUAAAAUUGCUUCUGCAGACAGAGUCGGUGAAAUAAGAGUGUGGUGCCCUGAAAGUGGAAAGCUGCUUGGAAAACCAUUGACAGGACAUAAAAAGUCUGUUAGUUGUCUCAGUUGGGAACCAUAUCACAAAAAUACCGAAUGUCGUAAUAUAGCCAGUUCAAGCCAUGAUAAUGACGUUCGAAUAUGGGAUACGGUCUUAGGCACAUGCAUACAUGUUAUAUCUGGUCACUCAGCUCCCGUUACUACAGUUCGAUGGGGUGGUGCUGGUAUACUUUACACUUCAUCGAGAGAUCGUACUAUCAAAAUGUGGAGAGCUGAGGAUGGUGCUUUAUGUAGAACGUUCAUGGGACAUGCUCAUUGGGUAAACAAUCUUGCUCUUAGUACUGACUACAUCCUUCGAACCGGCCCAUUUCACCCAAUCAAAGACAAAAAUAAAUGUUAUUCAAUCUCUGAUAAAAAAGAACUGCAGCGAUUAGCUUUAGAGCGGUAUGAAAGUGUAUGUCCCGAUUACAUCGAGUCGUUUGUAUCGUGUUCCGACGAUUUUACGCUGUAUCUAUGGAAAUCCAAUCAAAAACAGUUCAUCACGAGAAUGACUGGCCAUCAAAAUGUAGUAAACGAUGUCAAGUAUUCACCGGAUAUAAAACUUUUCGCUUCUGCCUCUUUCGAUAAAUCUAUCAGAAUUUGGCGUGCCAGUGAUGGAGCGUUCAUUCGCGCACUACGGGGACAUGUGCAAGCUGUCUACACACUUGCAUGGUCUGCAGAUUCACGGCUAUUAACCAGUGGUAGCAAGGACUCUACGUUGAAAGUGUGGAGUGUGAAGGAGUAUAAGUUAGCUCAGGAAUUGCCAGGGCAUGCCGAUGAAGUGUACGGAGUCGAUUGGGCGCCAGAUGGCUCCCGGGUAGCCUCUGGGGGUAAAGAUAAACAGCUUAAAUUGUGGUCACACUAAUCUGCGACAAUAUUGUUUACUGGAUCAAAUGCUAUGAAUGUUAGUGGUUUAACAUUCAUAGGAUGUUCAUAACGAACCAUAGAGUACGAAAAAUUUACUUAUUCCGUGUUUCUGGGCAAUUUAAUGUUGAAUUAAAACUCUGUAAAUUGAAUUUACAUUUUUAUUUCCAAAGAAAAUGUUUUUUUUUUCAUUUU